AUGAUGGCUCCCAACCGGGAACUCCACGUGCAUCUGUCGUUUUCCCGCCAGCGAGUUCGAGUCGAGCAUCGAGCGUACGUCUCUCCCCGACCCCGAGCGCAAGAACGCUUGACGAUUUUUCCUUCGCGAAACCGAGUGUACCGCUUCGGUAAUUCGAUGCAAGCUGCUAAAGCGAGUGACCAUCAAGGUCAUAAUGAAGGUAACGCCCGACCAGUAGGCGAGCCUGCUGUACUCGGGUAUGAAACAACAAGUUUCGUCACCGCUCAGCAGCCCGUUCCGCAGCCUGGUUGUCUUCCAGAGCCUAUCGGCGCUGGUCGUUUCCAGGCGCCGGCUACACCAUCUUCUCCCCAAGCUACGUCUUUCCGUCGAUCCCUUCCUCGUCCAUCUCCAAAGCGGGUCAACAACUGCGGCGGAGCUGCUCGCUUUGACCUAGCGUGUCUUUUGGUUUCGAUGCUCGCUAGCGGACUUUGCGGCGUUGCUGUCUACGUGCUUUUCGCUUCAGCCCAGCAGUGUUUGCCAACCCUUGGCAACGACGUUGGAGGGAUGAGUCGCCCGUCAAACCAGCAUCGACGCCGCCGAUCGCUUUCUACACCCGAUUUCCUUUGCUCCUGCUCUUUCGAUCCGCGCGAUAAUGGCUGGGCUAUUUCGUUGGAAACACCGAACGAGCGCCCCGUCUGUAACGCUGACCACUACACCAUCUCCGUCAACGGGCAACAGGUGAAAAGUGCGGCGGACAUUGAGUUGGAAUUGGCCCGCGACUUGCUCGAUCUUCUCAGCGCGGUUCUUCUCAAGGACGAAGACGAGAAUCACCGCGGGGACAACGGAGGCAGCAGCGACGGCAGUGGAGGUGGAAGCGGUGGUAGUUUGCCUCUGACAACUACAAUGGCGACGGUGACAACUUCUCGACGGACAACCACUUUUGGUUCUGGCUUUGCUGAGAUCAACGAAGACUCCGACCUUUUUGUCGAUCCAGGAGUUACUAUUCUCGAGCCAUUCGGAGAGAACGACAUUGGAAGCGGAGACGAUUUCUGGGGCUCAGUUCCAGAAGUUGAGUACACUCUCCCCAUCAACGACGACGACGAAGUUUAA